GAUUUGAACCCGUGUCUUGUCCUCCUCCUACCCUCCUCGCUCGGUAGGAUCCUUGUUGAGGAGAGGAGCUCUGUCUGCCUUUAACGUGACUCCUCACUGCUCCUGGUCUGGAUCUGCUCCUGCAUCCUCUGAGCUAACUAGCUAAUAAUAAAUACACGCUGCAGGAUGGACAUGUCCAGCAGGCUGGCGGUGUGGAUGCAGCUGGCGGAGAGCUGUGGGCUGAGCAUGCUGCAGCAGGGCCUGCAGCAGGUCUGGAGGCUGCUGCUGCUCUGCCUCGCCUGCAGACUCUGCUUCAGACUGGGAGGAGUGUCCACUGUGAAGCAUGUGGUGUCCGUGUUGACGGGGAUGUACGCUCUCUUCCUCUUCUUCGAGCAGCACAUGCUCUGGGUGCUGCUGCCCAGUCUGCUCUUUUACCUCGUCCUCUUCCUCAACCGACACUCCAGCAGCAGGGGCCUCUUACUCUCCCUCGUCAUCCUCGUCUACCUCCUUGUUGGGGAGUUGCAUUUGAUCGACAUGGUGACCUGGCAUAAAAUCAGAGGUUCUCAGAUGGUGGUGGCCAUGAAGGCCAUCUCCCUGGCCUUUGACCUGGACCGAGGCUCGGUGGGCAGCCUGCCGUCCCCCGCUGAGUUCCUGGGCUACGUCCUCUUUGUGGGGACCGUGGUUUUCGGCCCCUGGAUCAGCUUCUCCACCUAUCAGAGCGCCGUGGAGGGGAAGAAACUUAGCUGGUCCUGGCUGUGGAGCUCCUCCCUCAGCCUCCUGAAGAGUCAGAUGUGUCUGCUGGUCUCCAGCUGUGUGGCCCCCUACCUCUUCCCUCUGAUAAUCCCCAUCCAAGGAAACACAUUCACACAGAAGUGGCUGCAUGCUUAUGAGAAUGCAGUGUCCUUCCACUUCAGCAACUACUUUGUGGGUCACCUCAGUGAGGGCACCAGCAUGCUGGCUGGAGCAGGCUGCACUGAAGAGAAAGAGAACGUCAGAUGGGAUAUGAGUGUGGUGAAGCCUCUACAGGUGGAGCUGCCUCGCUCCAUGGUGCUGGUGGUGACCUCCUGGAACAUCCCCAUGUCCCACUGGCUCAAAACAUAUGUGUUUAAAAACGCCAUGAAACUGGGAACAUUUGCUGCCAUCCUGGUGACAUACACAGCCAGCGCUCUACUACAUGGUCUGAGCUUCCACCUGGGAGCUGUUCUCCUCUCUUUGGGCUUCAUCACAUAUGUUGAACAUGUUCUAAGAAAGAGGCUUGCAUCCAUCUUCAGUGCCUGCAUCCUGUCCAGGCCCUGCAGCUCUGACUGCAGCCACCAGCACAAGAAGGAAUAUUGGGUGAUGUUGCUGAACCUGGUUUUCAGCCUCUUGGCUAUCUUCCACCUGACCUACCUGGGCUCCAUGUUUGAUCCUGGACUUGAUGAACAGGAAGUAGAAGAGGGUUAUGCAGCCAUCCACACCAUCCAGAGGUGGUCUGAACUGAACUGGGCGGGCCACUGGGUCGUCUUCACCUGCUGGGUCUUCUACCGUUUGAUCCAGUGACGUCAUUGGAGCUUUUGGGAAGGCUGGCCGGUACCAAAUACUUCAUAAUGCACUGGGUUUGUAUAAUCUCCCGUCAUGAACAUCGGAUGGGAGUGAAAUACAAGAUCUGCUCGAGCGGAAAGAACUGUGGGACAGGUCUGUGUGCAGAGGUGGUUUUCACAGGCGGGUCUUGCUUUUCAUGUGGAGAUAGUUCAUAAAAGAAGAAUUGUGUCUAAGCCUUCUCCUGUUUAGGAGAGCUGGAUGGAUGCAGAGUGAGAACACAUCACUGUGUAUACUGUGUGAGUCCUGUGGGGCCAUACUGAAAUGCCCUGCAGAAGAGGAUCCAAUAAUUUGAUUGCAUUGGCAGUACGACUCAGUCCUCAUAGACCCAGCAAAUGCUUUAAUUUACUCUGCUUUGUCUGUAGAAUUAGUUCUGUUAUGUUGAUGUUGGACAGUGUCCAUGUCCAAAGACAUUUCAGCAGUUUAUCAGCUUACAUGUACAUUUUUUGAGCUUCCAUAACUGUUUAUUGUGUUUCUAUGUACUCCUGUUACAACUGAGUCUUUUUUUUACUGCUGCAAUUGUGUUUUUGUAUUCUCUUUUCUUUUAAAUGUUUCUGUAAAUGUAAAUCCUGGUUUGUGAUUGUCUGCACAGUGACAGGGUGAACUCUACACUCCCUUUCUUUUUUUCUGUUCAUUAUGUUUACCUACCUCAGUUUUAAACACAUAAUAAAGUACAAUAUUUGCCUCUAAAA